GUUUUUUUCUUUAAUUAUGUGACUUUUGGGUCAGUUUAACAUAAAAUAUAAUUAAGUGGUAGCACGUGUAUAUUAUCUAAUUCAUCUUUUUGGUGUGAAAGUUUCUACAAUCGUCAUUGACAAUGGAUAACUCCGCUAUACAAACACUGGAGGCCGCUGCUCAAAUGCUUUUGGCGCCACCUAAUCUGGUGAACUCGCAGCAGCGGCACCAUGCGGAGAGCGUGUUCUUGGAGUUCAGGAGCACCAAAAACCCUUAUCAACUUUGUAGAGAAAUUUUAGAAAAGUCUACAUCGGACUAUGUGCUUUUUGAAGCAGCUGGCUUACUAAAAUCAGCACUUAUCAGGGAGUGGAGCUUACUAUCUGAAAGUGACAUUUCUUCACUCAGGGAAUACUUACUAAAUUAUCUUCUGAGAAAAGAUACACCUCCAUUUUUGAGAGAGAAGCUUUUGCAGACCAUUGCUAUAAUAAUCAAGAGGGGUAGUGUAGAUGAUGGAGGGAGAGAGAGAAAAGCUUUGCUUACUGAAUUAGAAAAGAUUAUUCUCAGCUCACCAAUAAAUCAACAGAAAUUGGCCUGUUCCUUGAUUUUAGCUAUAAUGCAAGAAUACGCAAUUACUGUAAAGUCGGCUGAUGUUGGUAUGAUAUGGGAAGUUCAUUUCAGACUAAAGAAAUCAUUUGAGGCUCUAGAUUUAAAGAGGAUAUUUCGAUUUACUGUAGGAGUGUUGGAACAAAUUGUCCGUUCAGGUCACCGUCCCGAGGGAGAGCAGGCUAUGUUGACCAAACAACUGUUGACUAUUGUAGAAACUGUACUGUGCUGGAGCCAUGUAUCACCCCUGCUGUCUAAGCGGCUAAUAGGCGCUUUUGAGGCUAUUUUCGAAAGUGACACUCCAGCUUUACGUUUAAGUCUAAAUUGGAGGGACACUAUAAUGCAACCAGAAUUGAUAGCGCUGUUCUUUGAGAUUCACAUGUACGUGAGGUCCAAUCCAGAUUUAGCGAGUCCUUCAUUGACCUGUUUAGUGCAGCUGGCCAGCUUGUGUGGUGUAGUUGUAUCAGCCAGUAACCUGAAACAACAAUAUUUGGAGAACUAUGUGAAUAGCUUCUUGAACAUGAUGGCAUACAUUCAGCCAGUUGAAAGAGAAAUGCUGGGAAUAUCUGAUAUAUAUCGAAAGUUGGUACAGUUCUUUUCGCCUUCGAUGAUUGCAGCCACACCACCAGCAUUUUUGCAGAAUUUGAAGACAUUGACUUGUCAUUGUAUCAGAGGUGCUGUUAUCGAGGAAGGAGUCAACGAUGACACAGUUUGGAGAGAAUCUUUAAACAAGUUCUUGCACACUUGGAGCUCAUUAGUUCACGACACGGAUGGAUACUCUAACGAAACGCUGGUUAAUCCGUGCAUAGAAAUCUUCAAUACCUAUUUGCAAUGCCGGUUGGCGCCGCCAGAUGGGACUAGAGGAACGGAAAGCAGCGACGGAUGCGCGGAUGAUAUCAAAGAUGACAUUGAGGAGGACGAGAGAAAACUGCAUGCUAACGUUCUCUUGACCAUUGGCGCUAUUGCUAGAAAGGCGCCAGCACAUUGCUCACAUGUGUUGUUCACCUUACUGCAGGAUCGGAGUAAGAGACUGGAAAGCCAACUGCAACUCAUGCAUAUGGGCAAACUGCCAGUCAGCGGAGGAGAACAGCUUGUCAGCCUCUUCGAAGAUUUACAUUGGAUAUUGAUGAUUACUGGCCAUUUCCUAGCAAUCGAUUGUACAGAAGGCGAGACGGUGAUGAUCCCACCGGAGAUAAUGCACUUUAGCAUUGUGGAGAACGCGAACGUCGACGCCUCGCUCAGAUAUCUGGUUGGGGAAUCUACUAGUACUGAGAAUGUGGAUCCGGUUUUGAAAGUACUGAGAUUAUGUACUAUUUAUUUAUUGAAAGGACACAAAUACGAGUGGUAUCCUGUGUUCUUCAAAAACGAAUACUUUAAAAGUUUAAAAGAACUAUCGCUUAUAUUUUGUAAACCAGGUGAAGUGCGAAAUCGUCUCCUAGGCAGUACAGUGGCGCUGCAAGAGAAGCUCAUGAACAUAAUUAACAUGGAGUCCGAUACGGAACCCGUCAGGAAUAUGCUGGCUGAUACUCUUGACUGUUUUAUUGGAGUCACUGAAGGAGUUCUUGAGGUGGGAACAAUGGAUGAACAAUUUCUAAUGCUUAUCGGUGCCUUAGACAAGAUCCCGGGUAUCAUAUACCGGUACCACAACUAUCCGGGUGUGGUGUUGCCAGCUCUCAAUCUGCUUGCGAAGAGCGCUAAACGAAUGCUGCACUCUGUACAACCGCAAAAUGUCAACAAAUUCUUGGAAAUCUGUAACACAACAUUCGAGGUGUACAUGAGGUGGAAUUCAGGAAAAAUUUCAAGUAUUCCCCAAGAUGCGGAGGAAGAGGCUUACGAGGACAUCUGCGCCCUAAUGGAGCUUAUCUGCAGCAUCGCGCGCUGCGGCUCAGACCGCGGCGUCGGCGACACGUGUGCGAGGGGCUUACGACUGCUGCUGCCUUUGGUCACGCCGCCAUUGUUGUCGCUGCCUACUCUUGCGCUGCACACUUAUAGGAUGCUACGGGACUUGGAUGCCACUGGAUCUGAUCAGAUCACCAUUCUCCCUAUCGAGGACUUCAACAUGGUAAUCAACGCGCUACGCAUCGGUCUUACAGCUGUUUCAUGUGAUGUGUCAACCCUCUGCUGCGACACCAUAGUCGGCCUCGCUAACAAAGUACGAAACAUGGGAGACGACAACCCUUAUGCUUUAUCACUGCUAUCUAUAGCAGAAUUACUCCUAAUGUUGAUAAUUAAGAUGGAAAUACCACCGGACUCCAUUCCUGCCGCGGGAGCCGCGAUAUACGCAUUGACCUGUGUUAAACCAGCUUUAUUGGAAGGCUUAGCUAGACAGCUGAUCGAAGCGUUUGCGGUCAAUGACCCCGCAAAUGUACCCAGACUUGAAGAAGCUUUUGGGGUGUUGACAAACGGGGUCCUUUUCGAUGGCUUGCGCUCACACAAAAUGCGAUUCCAAGACAACUUCGAUAAAUUCCUAGCGAGCGUUCACGGUUUCCUUAUUGUGAAAUAAUCUAUAUCAACUACGAACAAUUGCUUAUCGAAAGGCAUUUGAAUGCCGAUGAAAAUUUUGAAAACAAUUGAGUGUGUCCACGCGUUUAGAGUCGUAGUCAAAGUCGAUCUCUGCCUGUUCAAUCCUUUAAGAAUGCCGUUGUUUAACGCGCUAGCUCGAAAUGCAUGUGCGUAGAUGAUUAAUCAUCACUGAACUGAAUGCGAACCAAAUGGGAAAGAAGACUUAGUAAUUUUUUUGCAAAUUUACUUCUAAUUGUCUACUCGAAUAUCGUAUAAAGAUGGACGCAUAAGAAGGCAUCACACGCGCCGAACAAUUCAACUGCAGACCGUGAAGUUAUUAGCAAAUGUGAAAAGUCAUUAUGUAAGCCCAAUAAACAAAUUCGCAAUAAGCAUACAGAGAAAUUCGUAAGAUCUGCUGGCUCGAUCCGUAGCUCAGUUGGCAGAACGGUGGCGGUUCGCGUUCAGUCGAGUCGAAGGAUUUUUGUGUGUUUAUUCGAUUCUUGUAUGAGUAUUUUCACAAAAAAUAGAUCAUGGUAGUAAAAACAUCAUCCUAUUCAAUAAAAAAAUAAAAAGUAUGAUCACAAAUUUACAACCAAUAGAUGUCUUCGUCAAUAUACUCCGUCCAACCAUUUAUUUAACUUUGGACAGCACGAAAUUUUAUCAAUUAGUGACGUCCUAAUGGUUUCCGAUUCGAUUUUUUAUAACAAUCGAUUUUAUUUAUGAAGAAGUUUAAAUCGUGAAUGUGAGCGUGUUUAAAAAAGAAGAUAUUGUCUGAUUCGGAUCGUGUUGUUGCAUUUGACAAUUUGUGUAAACUGUUCUUAGUUUUGUUACUGAGGAUUCAAGUGAUUAUUGCCGUUAAUGUGAAGAAGAAUCCGUCGAUUCAUUAUAAUAAUA